AUGAACACUGAGGUGAUGUGCAUUUAAUCUAGAUACUUCUACUGAAGACAUGAUGGUAUACAACUGUUGUUAGUAUGAACUCCUCAAAAAAUGUUGGCAGAAAAAGAUUAGGACGUAUACCCAUAACUUCUGCCAAACCAGCAUCUUCUUUGAAUCGACCUUGCCAAAUACCACAAAGGACCAAUGGAGACAAGAAAAAUAUUUCAAGGUCAGAUGAGAACCAUCCAGUUGAACUUUCCUUCAGUUCUUCAUUUGCACAUGACCUUGACCUUGAUGUUGACCUUAUGUCAGCACUCGACAAAAUGGAAACUGAAUACGGAAGCAAAGUGAAAGGAGACAAAACUACUAAAACAGAGACACAUACUGUAAAUGCCAACAUAGUCUCCAAACACAAUGAGCAAAACCAGAGUAAUAUAACAAAGAAAACAACACAUUUAGAAUUUGGUAAAGGUGAGAUAAAGACAGCAAGUUUGAGGAAUGUCAAAUACCAGUCUACACCAGCUAGAAUCAGCAACAAAAUAAAUUUUGUAGAUGUGCCAGUAGCCGAAAAUUCCAUCUCAAAUUCUUUUCAUGAUCUAUCAUUUGCAAGCCCAAUGGAAAUAUCAACUCCACAGAUUUUUAAAGCAAAAAGAUCAGUGUCGAGUAGUACAAGAUCUUCAGCAUCAAGAAAAGCAAACUUAUCAGCUACAAAGAAGUCUGCUGAGAAAAAUAUAAAAGCAGUGUCUAAAAUUAAAACUUCUACACCCCAGUUUACUCCACGUAGAAGUCUGAGAACAAAUUCUGGUCAGAAGCGAAAGAAUCAGUUGAAGAAAAAGCGCGUGUUAGAUGGACUAGAGGACUCCCACACUGAAGGCAGUAAAGAUGAAAAUCCUAAUAAAAGCGACUUUUUCAGGUCUUUGAUGGUAGAAAAUGUUAGUUUAGAAGAAACUAACAUAGCUCAAAAUGACAAUGUAAAGAAAAUAAAGCCAACAGAAAACCACCCCAAAUUAAAAAGUUGGACAGAUGAGCACAAAAAUAAAGAAAAUAAACAAAUUCAAAAUUCCAGUGGUUCAGUUACAGUAGGUGAUACCAAUGUUGCUGCAGGUAAAGAUAAGGACUGUAAACAGGUGAAUGCAAGAAACCAAAGUGAAAACAACACAGAAAUAAAUCUAGAGGACCUUCCUCACAUACCAACAAGGGGAGGUAAUACACAUGAUACCAGUAACUCUGCUUCAAUGGUUGGAAAAACUGUGGAAAUUCAGCCAGAUUUAGAGGCAGACCAGCUUGCCUUGUCAUCAUGGGGUCUUCCAGAUCCAGUGUUAAAACAAUACCAUAGUCGACAUAUCAUACAUAUGUUCCAGUGGCAGGCAGAAUGUUUACUCAUGGGAAAUGUUCUAGGGGGAGGUAAUCUUGUUUAUUCAGCACCUACAAGUGCAGGGAAGACAAUGGUUGCAGAGUUACUGGUCUUGAAGAGAGUGAUGGAAACAAGAAAGAAAGCAAUUAUAAUCCUGCCAUUUGUUUCAGUCACUAGAGAGAAAAUGUUCUAUCUUCAGGAUUUAUACCAAGAUGCAGGUAUACGUGUGAGCGGUUUCAUGGGUCACUAUGCCCCAGCCGGUGGCUUCAGCAGUAUUGAUGUUGCUGUGUGUACCAUAGAGAAAGGCAACAGUUUAAUUAACAGAAUGUUAGAAGAAAACAAACUUGACCAACUAGGAAUUAUAGUGAUAGAUGAGCUACAUCUGAUAGGGGACAGACAUAGAGGUUACCUGCUAGAACUGUUGCUCACCAAGAUAUCAUAUAUGUCACAGAAAGCUAAACAAAAUACUCACAGUCAAACAAGUUUAAACAUUCAAGUUGUUGGCAUGAGUGCCACGCUGCCCAAUUUGGACCUGCUGGCCCAGUGGUUGAAUGCUGACCUGUACCGCACGGACUACCGACCAGUGCCUCUAUCUGAGUGUGUCAAGAUUGGUACAGCUUUAUAUGACUCGAGUAUGAAUCUCGUCAGGGACAUUGAUACUAAAUAUGCAGUCAAGGGAGAUGAGGACCAUGUUGUUCCACUGUGUAUUGAGACAAUCAGGGAUGGUCACUCUAUAUUGAUCUUCUGUCCUACAAAGAAUUGGUGUGAGAAACUCUCAGAAACUGUUGCUAGGGAACUCUACAAUCUGCUUAGAAACCCUGAAGUUGCUGUUGCAGGAAAGGGAUUUGUGAAAGCAUCAGACUUGCUGGUUCUCCCACUUGACCAAUCAGCACUUAGAGAUAUUAUAGAACAGUUACGUCGUACUGCAGUAGGACUGGAUUCAGUCCUCGGUAGAACGGUUCAAUUUGGGGUAGCCUAUCACCAUGCAGGUUUAACAUUUGAUGAGAGAGAUAUUAUUGAAGGGGCAUUUAGGCAGGGUAUACUGAAAGUUCUGAUUGCUACAUCUACAUUAUCUUCUGGUGUGAACCUCCCAGCUCGGAGAGUUCUGAUACGUACACCCGUGUUCCAUGGACAACUGAUUGACUUUCUUACAUACAAACAGAUGAUUGGUCGGGCUGGCAGGAAGGGCGUCGACACAGCUGGGGAGAGUAUUCUGUUAUGCAAACCCAGUGAACGACCGAAAGCUGAGAAACUGGUGAAAGGGGCACUGCCCGCUGUACAGAGUACCCUUGUCAGAAGUGAAGGUGAGCCCCUAAGUUCUAGUAUGAAGCGUGCUAUACUAGAGGUGGUAGUGAGUGGUGUGGCUAUGUCCCCGGCUGAGGUGUCAUGCUAUGCGUCCUGCACCCUGCUGGCGGCCUCCCUAACCAAGGAGGAGGAUCAGACCAAGGACCUCAUACAGCAGUGUGUACAGUUCCUACAGGAAAAUGAGUUUGUUUGUACUCAGAAAAUCAAGGGACCUGAGGGUGUAGAGAGUGAGAGAUUUGUACCAACCCAGUUAGGUGCAGCUGUACUGGCAUCCUCUAUAUCACCUGAUGAAGGACUGGUGGUAUUCUCGGAGCUGCAGCGAGCAAGACAAUGUUUUGUUCUAGAAAAUGAACUUCAUAUUAUAUAUCAGGUGACACCUAUUUAUGCCCAGAUAGAUUCUAUAGACUGGUACCAGUAUUUCAGUAUCUGGGAAACUCUGACAAUUGGAAUGAGAAAAGUAGCAGAAUUAGUUGGCAUACAGGAGUCAUUCCUGGCUAAAGCUGUUCGAGGUCGUAUUCUCACCAAGACAUCGGCACAGUUGAAGCUUCUGGCAAUACAUAAGAGGUUCUACACGGCGUUGGUGCUCCAUGAUUUAGUGCAGGAAACCCCACUGAAUGUGGUUGCUAGGAAGUACAACUGUAACAAAGGACAACUACAGUCACUGCAACAAUCUGCUGCUACAUUUGCAGGUAUGGUAACAGUGUUCUGUGCCAGACUUGGUUGGUCAAAUCUUGAGUUGAUACUGUCUCAGUUCCAGAACCGUCUUACCUUUGGAGUACAGAGAGAACUUUGUGAUCUGGUUCGAAUAUCAGCUCUUAAUGGUCAGAGGGCCAGAGUGAUGUACAAUGGAGGAUAUCAGACAGUCGCUGCCCUUGCCAGUGCCCACCCAGCUGACGUUGAGGCAUUGCUAAAAAAUUCAGCUCCAUUUCAAAGUAACAAGAAACAAGACACAGAGAGUGAAUGGGAGGCAGAACAGAGACGGAAGACUCGCUGUAUUUUCCUGACAGGACGUAAAGGUGUAACAGAGUAUGAGGCUGCCCUAGCUGUCAUCACUGAGGCCAAGUCUAUCAUACAGGAGGAGCUAGGUGGUCUGGGUAUCCAGUGGAAGGAAGGAGAGAGUGAACCUCCUCCUGCUUUAAAAUCUCCUGUUCUUUUGAGUCCACUGGCAGCUACAAGAAGAAACAAGAAAGGGCAGAACAGACGCUUGUCCAAUCCUAAAUCCAGUAAGAAGCCCAGUCCAUGUAACAAGGGAGAUAACCUGAAUAAACAGUCUGCAGCUUGUGUUAUUUCCCCUCCUGCUACAAAGUCAGGAACGAAAGUGAUCAAAGGGAGUGAAAUAAAUGUUAAUAAAGAGACAAAUUCCAGAUCAGAAAUAGCAGCUAAAGUGGCAGAUGUUAUUAUUGAAAAUACUACAGAAAAUUUAAAUCAGAAGACUUAUUCAAAUACAUUAAAUAAUGAAAUUCCAAAUGGUGAUGACAGAGCAAAAGAUAAAUUAUCAGAUAGCAGAAUUCCUGUUAAGAAAAUAAUUAUAGACAAAAAUGUUACUGACUCCGAAAAAUUUAUGAAAGAAAAUGAAAAUGUUCUAGUAAAUUUAGUACAAAAGAGAAAUGAAAAUUUGAAUAUUGAGGAAAGGAAUGGUGUUACAACAACAGCUGUUAUUGAAACAGUACCAAACCAUUCUGAAGAUGUGAAAAGUUCAGAUGAAAGAAUUAUUACGAAAGAAACUGUAAAUGACAUGGUUAAAUGUCAGUCCGAAAGUAAUACAAUGGAAUUUUGUGAGCAGAAUCUUGAAAAUACUGAUAUAUGUUUAGCAGGUAAUAUCAAAAGAAAUAAUCAAAGACAUAUUGUGUCUGACGACAGAAAUGUUCAGAAAAGAUUGGAAGGGAGUAAACUGAAAGAGUUACACACUUCUGAGUUGUUGGUUGAAUGUGGUAAAGCGACAGGGAGUGAAGUAUUCAAGAAAGGUAAAGUGGAAGGUAGUACUCCAGUUGUAGAGCAAGACAAGCAAAGCAUGAAAAAUGAUGCAAAUAAAAAUAUUGUAAAAUUAGUUGGAAAACAAAAUCAAAUCAUAGAAAGAAUUAAAGAAAAGCAUAUUGUAGAGGAAAGCAACAGAAAUGCAAAUAAUGUAAAACUGGGUGCUGAAUUAAACAGUCCUGUGAAUUUUAAUACUGCUGAUAACGAAGAAGUAGAAUCUAAUGCAGUAAAUCCUCAGAAUCAAGACAAUGAACCCAGAAUUGCAGCUUUGAAUGAAAGAGACCCUCAAGUUUUGAGUGGAAUGUGUAGUGAAAGAGAUCCUCGUGUUAUGAGAGAAACAUGUAAUGAAAGUGAUUUCGGUGAAAGUUUUAUGAUUGAUACACAAAGUUUAAAAAAAAUAGAAAAUUCUAGAAGCAGUAAAACCAUAACUGAAAAUGCUUGUACAGUGGUUGAAAAGGAGGAAAAACCUAUACUUACUACUGCUGAUCUCAAUAUUGAAAAUGAAUUUUCAGAAGGGUUAUUCACAGAAGACCUUGAAAUGGACAGUUUUAAUGCGUCUAACAGAAAUAUUUUGCCCUGUGACCAGUCUCAGUCACACGGUCGUUAUAACAAGCCUGUUUGUCCCAUGAAGGGAAGCCAGAGUACUGGCAGAGGAGUUAAUACAAAUGGAAGGACUGAGUCUAGAUUCAGUGUGUCUGACAGUGAAAGUGAGGUAGAUAUAUCCCAGAAUGCACUGGACAUGAAUAUAUCCCAGUGUUCUGGUGAGGAUAUGUUCAAUCAGUCUGCAGAUUUAGUUGCUGCCAGUAAUUAUGAGAGAGUUGUUCUCACAGGAGAUUCUAGAAUUGAAGCAGUUAAUGAUUCAUACCAGGAUUUACACAUUCCAUACCAAAGUGGACAAGAAAAAUGCUUUGAAAAAACAGAUGCGCCUGCUCCUAUUGUUGCAAAUGUUGUAAACGUUGUAACAAACUUGUGUGUAAAGAAUUAUGGAGAAGCGAAAUCAAAAACAGAUGCUUCAGCACUGGAAAAGGUACCUGCCUUUGGUCAGCAAUUGAAUAUUUUGGGUCAGUUUUCUAGUCAGAGGCCAGCAAAGACUGUAGUGAACAAAGAAUAUUUGCAUGAAGACCUAGCAAUUGCUUUGGAAAUGGGAGAAUCUUUUUCUUCAACAUUUAAUGUACCAACACAAAGUCAGGUGAAGAUAACUUACAAAAACAAUAUAGAUGAUAAAAGAUGUGACAGUGAAGAUAACCUUGGAGAUUCUUUAACUGUUUCUAUGGUUGAAAAAGUUCUUGAAGAACCUGUUGAAAUUAAAAAUUCUGUGAACCUAAGUAAUUCAAACAAUACAAGUGCAGACACCGCCAAUGGUAAUAUUGAGAAAAACAUGUCAAAGCAUAUCUGUGAUAAAAAUUCUAAAUCUGAAUCUAUAAUGAAAUUGAAGCAGUCUGUGAUACCUAAAACAUCAUUAAAUUAUCCAUCAGAAAAGUGUAAAGGUCCUGCUAAAGCUCAGUUUCUAACUCCUAAGAGAGAAGCUGUUAAGAGAUUGAGAGGAAGCCCCUCGGUUAGAGAUUCAAAGAUGCGAAAAACUAAGGAUGUUGAGUAUUCAACACCAGAGGCUUUAGAAAAGCAUACCAGAAGAACAAAUAAAAGCAAUGAUAAAAACAAUGUUGAUGAUUGUAAAGUAGAUCAUAGAAGUAAGAGGAAAAGGAAAAGUAAUGAAAAUGUUACCCCAGUUUCAGAAAAGUCACAGACAGGGUCUGUUUCAGAGAUGAAUACAAGUACAGGUAGUGACUGUGUUCCCCCAACCCCACCAGAUGAGGCUCCAACAGGUUCACUGUUAGCUUUGGUCAGAACUCCGGCCAGGUCACCUGUAGUGAAUCUUCCACCUGUCUCUCCAUUCAGUCCAAGGCUUAAAAGAAAUUGUAGAAACCAACUAAGUUCUUUAAGAAGUGCUGCAGAUGAUCAGGCUAAUCAUAAACCAGCAGCAGGCACCAGUACUGAAGCUGAUGGUGGUAUAGAAAAGAUUAACAGAACUGCUGUCUGUGCAAAAUCUAGAGAUGAAGAAACAGUGGCUGCAAUGAAUAAUGAUAAUGUUGUAGAAUCUAAACAUCAUCUUAAUGGAACAGAAACAAAAAGCAUUGGAACAUGUAAUGGAGUAAAAAAAACUGCUGCUGAAGUUAUUGAUGAUAAUAGAGAAAAGGAACAAGUCAAUGAUGAAAACUGUGAAAUGGAUGUGAAUAAAGAAAAUGAAGAUUUUCUAUCACCCUCAUUCAUAGAUCCAGAUGAAUCGGGGAUACAAUUGACCCAGUCUUCAUUUAGCAUUAUAGAUGUAUGCGGUGAUAAGAGACUGUUUAAGACAUUUAUCAUGGAGUGGAGGACUAAAGCAAGGUAUGCAGUAUCACUGGCAUGUGAGAGGAUGUCACCUGAUUGUCCUGGUGGAGGAAUUGGAGCUAAUUUUAAACAAGGAGAAACUCCAGCAAAACAAGGAGUGAAGGACAAAGGAAUACCAGUAGACAGUCUAGGUAUUGUGAUUGUUGGUAUAGCUGUAUCCUGGGACAACAGAGAUGCUUACUAUGUCUCCUUUACACAUGAACAACCUUGUGAAGGUGAUCCGGAUGACAGUUUAGCCCCGCCUCCGUCUGAUACAGACAUCAGUAUAGCAAUCAGAGUGAAGGCAGUGAAGUCUGUACUACAACAAGCUGUCUGUAAACAACAACCUGUUACCAUGGUGAUGUUUGAUGUGAAAGCGCACUUUAGAGCACUAGCAGAGGGGUGUGGCUUUGCUCCGAAAGGACAUUGUGAGGAUCCUAAGGUAGCAUGUUGGAUGUUGGAUCCAGGCGCCAAGGAGAAAAACCUACAUCGUAUGGUGACCAAUCUCUUACCAACAGAGGUCCAUAUGCUACAUGGUGUAGGUGGCGGUAUAGGGGUAAGCAGUCUUGGUAUGAGCCCACAGAACCCAGGUUCAGGCAGAUACCGUGCCACCACAGAGGCCGUUCUAGUCAGACAUCUUGGGGAAUAUUUCAGGGUUUGUUUAGAGAAAGAGGAGAUCUAUGGAGUAUUUAGAGAUGUAGAGAUGCCGUCUGCUGUAACAUUGUGUAGGAUGGAACUUAAUGGCUUUGGAUUCAGUCAAGAGGAGAGUGAGAACCAGAAGACUGUAAUGACAGCAAAGUUAUCUGCCCUUGAGGAACAAGCAUAUAUGUUAGCUGGUCAUCCGUUUUCUCUGUCAGCAACAGAAGAUGUUGCACAGAUCUUGUAUGUUGAGCUGCAGUUUCCACCCAAUGGAGACCCUACAUCUAUGCCUGCCCCUAGAUCUCUCGCCCCGAAAAGAGGUGGAGCCCCACGACGAGGUAGAGGCAAGCCCCAGUACAGCACGUCUAAGGAUAUUCUGGAGAAGUUGAAGAAGCUCCACCCCCUGCCUGGGAUUAUACUGGAGUGGAGAAGAAUUACUAAUGCUCUAACCAAAACGGUCUUCCCUCUACAGAAAGAAAAGGUGUGUUACAUACUAUAUCCUUAA